AUGUCUCAAACUCCCUUGAUCAUGAUGGUCUUCGGAGACCGCCGUCGUCUCACCGCCCGUCCAGAAACCUACCAUCAACUCAUGGAUGACGCUCGGAAUGCCUUUGGCAGCAAAGCCGUCAACUUGACUGUUCAUUGCACUUCGAAGUCUAGAGAACCGGAGUUUGAACUUGAUCAGUCAGCAUACAGAGCGGUCGAGGACGGUUGGGUCCUUCGCUUGGAGCCAAAGGCUGCUCCGAUCAUCAAGCUCGAGUUGACUGGCGAAACCUUUUCGUUGAGGAUCUCACCAGCCGCCACCGUCGAAGAACUCGAAACUGCUGUAGAGGCCAGAGUGGGUAUAUACCCUGAAGAAUAUGACAUCAUUUUCAAUGGCCUGCAAUUAGACUAUGACGAAACAUUGGAGAGGCACUCUAUCACCGACAACGACACUCUCAAUUUGAUUCGUACGGGGCUCAAUCGGCAAUCUACCUCUUAUUACCAUCCCGCUUGA